AUGGCGAUGAGUUUUGAAUCAGCGUUCCGCGGCUCAGCAGAUCAUCGAUACGAUCCGACCUCGAAAGACCACGAUAUAUCUUUGAUUUGUAACAGUCGAGUUGCGGUGAUGCGAGGCCAAGUUGUAACCGAACAAGGGAUCGGAAUAGUAGGCAUCAGGGUGUCCGUGGACAGGGACCCCCGCUUUGGAUUCACGUUGACCAGAGCUGACGGAUGGUUCGACGUAUUGGUGAACGGUGGCGGCGCAGUGACGCUUCAGUUCCAACGUAGUCCCUUCAAACCCCUGACGAGGACGGUGUUCGUGCCAUGGAAUCAAAUAGUGGUUCUACCUCCCGUGGUGAUGGCUCUUAACGAGGAAGGCGAGUCACAUAAAUCUAACCAACCACCGAGUCCGGCUGUCGGCUUCCCAGGGAUAUCGAUGGGACUAUUUAGCGAGCACGGCCCGUGCCUGGAGCACGACCACGAGCUGCUGAGGCCGAUCAUCGUCAGCACCUGGAUGCCAGAGAAAGUGGGCGGCCUUCCAGGCAAAAGUUUGGUGUUCGCUGAGAGUCAGAUCGUGCAGGAGAGCAUCGCCAUUCCUGGCUCGAACCUACACCUGAUGUACCAGAGCAGCCAGGCGGCUGGUUACCUAUCGACUGUGAGGAUGCAACUGACCGGCUCGUUCAUCCCGAAAUCGCUGACGCACGUGCACGUGCACGUGGAGAUCGAGGGCUCGCUGCACACCAAGACCUACGAGGCAGAUCCGAAUCUGACGCACACGUUCGCGUGGAACAAACGGAACGUUUACAAGCAGAAGGUGUACGGUGUAGCACAGGCGAGGAUCUCGAUCGGCUAUCAACAUUCCACUUGCCCGACGGUGAUCUGGGAGACGCAAACAGCCACGCUGCAAGGCUUCGACGUCGAUAUUUCGGAUAUCGGCGGCUGGGGAUUAGACAUUCACCAUCACUACAACUUCCACGAGGGGAUACUUCAAAAGGGUGACGGCACCACGAUGCAUUUCAAGCAGUAUCCUCGCACGGUGAAAGUGGUAAUGGGCACUGGGCUGCAGAGGAGCCUGGUCUGCCAGGAUUGCGACGGCCUGGCCAAGGACGCCAGGCUGUUGACACCGGUGGCGCUAACCAGUGGCCCAGACGGAAGCAUUUACGUGGGCGACUUCAAUUUGGUACGCAGGAUCACGCCUGAAGGGAACGUGUACACCGUUCUAACUCUGAGCGCAACUCAGGUAGCUUACGAAUAUUAUCUUUGCGUUUCACCGGCGGACGGACACCUGUACAUCAGCGACCCGGAGAAGCAUCAGAUAUUGAAAGCUUUGUCGCUGAAAAACGUGCAACAUCCUAGCCUCAACAUCGAGCCCGUCGUCGGAAGCGGGGAGAGAUGCAUUCCUGGCGACGAAAGCCAUUGCGGCGACGAAGGUCCAGCUAUUCGUGCCAAAUUGGCUCAUCCGAAAGGGAUCGCCAUUGCCGCCGACAAGACCAUGUACAUCGCUGACGGAAGGAACAUACGAGCGGUAGAUCCCCAUGGUAUCAUCCAUACGUUAGUGGGACACCAUGGACACCACAAUCACUGGUCACCGGCUCCGUGCGUCGGCGCUAUACCGGCUCAUCAAGCUCAAUUACAAUGGCCAACCGGGUUAACGUUGAGUCCUUUGGACGGGUCUCUUCACUUCAUCGACGACAGGCUCGUUUUGAAGCUGACCAGCGAUCUGAAAGUUCGCGUGGUAGCUGGUACGCCGCUGCACUGCACCACCAGCAGCAGCACCAACGGCAACGGGAACAGCAACGACAGCAGCGAUCUGAAGAAAGUGAAUUCGACGACGGCCAUCAAUUCGAAGAAGCCCGACGAAGUUCUUGGCUCGGUGCUCGCUGUCAGCUUCAGUCCGACCGGUGAACUCUACAUAGCGGAAAGUGAUUCGCACAGAGUGAACUCUAUCAAGAUCGUGGACAGUUCCGGGAAAAUGUCUCACUUCGCUGGACAGCAGCAAGAACGGUUACGCGGCCAAUGCGAGUGUAACAAUACCACACCGAGCACCAAGGACCUCGAGAGCUGUUCGUGUACGGACGACACAAGCAGCACCGAGACCCUGUUGUCGUCCAACGCCAAAUUCACCGCCAUCUCUGCGUUGGCCGUGUCGCCGGACGGUGUCCUGCACGUGGCUGACCAAGGCAGCUUGCACAUCCUCGCCUUGCAACCUUACCUACCGAAUCACGACGAAACCGGCGAGUUUCACAUCCCGUUCCCACCGUCGAACGAGGUCUACGUCUUCAAUCGCUACGGCCAACACAUUUUCACCAAGGACUUGACGUCCGGCAAGACUCGUUACUCGUUCCUCUACAGCAAGAAUACAAGCUUCGGGAAAUUGUCCACAGUGACGGACAGCGCUGGCAAUAAGAUUCAGUUCCUGAGGGAUUACAGCAGCGUGGUCAGCUCUAUAGAGAACACGCAGGAUCACAAGUCUGAAUUGAAGAUCUCCGCGGUGGGAUUUUUGGAGAAGCUCUCCGAACGAGGCAGGGCUGAAAUUGCACUCGCCUACGAUGGCUCCACUGGCUUGCUGACAAGCAGAUCAGGAGGUGGCGAGACGUACAUCUACAAUUACGACAGUUUGGGCCGUGUUACCGACGUCAUUUUGCCGACUGGUGAAAAGUUGAAGCUACUCUCGGAUCUCUCGGACGACGAAGGUCUAUCGGUCAAGGUGUCAGCGCCGCUUCAAGCUCUGUCGAAGGGUGACAAGCAGAGGAUCGUCGAGUUCAAGAUGAAAAACGAAAGAUCGAAGAUACUGACCAUCACGGACGGUAGCAAGAUGAAGAAAGCGAUCGCUUUCACAAACAGCAGUUUGGAGGUUCUGCUUCCUGGCGGUGGCAGAGUGCUGAGCGCGGCCACUACGAAACAUCCUCUGCUGGAAGCUGCGUUACCGGUCGAGGCUGAAAUGCUGCCAAUGUGGAGCUACCAAUUAAUGUCCUUGGGCGAACUGACCAACACGAUGACCACUGCGUACAAUCUGGUCGGCGACGUCAGCCACUCUCAACAGACUUUGAACAGGGAGAUCUGGGUGAACGACACUCGCGUGAUCAGCGUGGAGUUUGAACAGGCUUUCAGGCGGGAGACCUUCUACGACAAAGCGAGAAAUCCAUUGUUGACAGUUACGUUUGACCCUGCUGGCCUACCACUCACCUGGCAACCGCACGAACAGGGCUACAACCUCAGUAUCACGUACGACAGGUUCAAUCGGAUAGAAAGCUGGAAGUGGGGGCCGUCCGACGAGUCGUACGGAUACGACAGACACGGACAGUUGGCCGAAGUGACCAGCAGCCAGGACGGAACCAAACGGUACACCUACAACGAUUUCAACGUGCUGUCCAACAUUACGCUAGCCAGCGACAGACACUUCACCUUGCAAUACGACGACGACGGUGGGCUACGUCACAUCAUCCUGCCGUCGGGAACUAAGCAUUCGUUUUCCUGCCAGGCGUCUCUAGGCUUUCUCAGAGUAACCUACACUCCGCCAGGCAGCAGCAGAGCCUACCUCCAACAUUACAGCCACGAUGGCAACCUGUUGCAAACUGUGUUCCCCGGUGACGGAGCCCGUAUCGUCUACAGGUAUCACACGUCCGGACAACUUGCCGAGGUCGUGCACGGUGAUGGGAAGAGCGAAAUCAGGUACACGGAGAGCGGCCUGCCCUCGGAAGUGAUACAUUCUGAACGAGACGUGGAAUACAAGUGGGACUAUCAGUACAGCGCUGGCCUGUUAGUCGAGGAACGCAUAGACUUUGGUGCGAAGACUGGCCUCAGCAACGCCAAGUUCACGUUCGACUACGACUCCAACUUUCGACUGAUCAACGUGCAGGGUAGAAUCGGCGGCCAGACUCUUCCCACUCACACCAUGGCGUACAGUCCUAGAACUGGCAUGCUGGAGCAGAUCGGGCAGUUCAAGGUGACCAGACCUCAACCGAACGAGACCACCGUGUUCGAUGGGACCGCGUUGUUCUCGAGGAUCAUGGACGACAGGUUCUUGGAGACCCAGGUAACUCUGACGAUUCAUCAACUGGAGGUGUUCAGGAUGGAAUUCACGCACGACACUCGCGGCCGUAUCAAUCAGACGAGAACCUAUACGCGCAACGUUGCGGUCAACACCUACACCAACGUGAAGAACUACACCUGGGACUGCGACGGACAGCUGACCGGGGUCGAAGCCCAAGAACCAUGGGGAUUCAAGUACGACGCGAAUGGGAACAUGUUGUCGUUGACCUAUCGUGGGAACACCAUACCCAUGGAGUACAACAGCAUGGACAGGAUUGUGAAAUUCGGCGAGGGGCUGUACAAGUACGACAACAGAGGUUUGGUGGUGCAGAAUGCCAGGGAGGAGAGGUUCAACUACAACGCCAAAGGACUUUUAGUGCGCGCCACUAAACGCGGACGGUUCGACGUCAGAUACUACUACGAUCAUUUGGAUCGUUUGGCCACUAGGAAGGACAAUUACGGCAACGUUACCCAAUUCUUCUACAACAAUCAAAAACGGCCGCACGAAGUCAGCCAGAUUUACAGUCCGAGGGAUGGGAAACUGAUGUCGUUGGUAUACGACGACAGAGGUCACUUGAUCUACGCUCAGGUCUACCGGCACAAGUAUUACAUCGCCACCGAUCAGUGUGGAACUCCAAUCAUGAUUUUCAGUCAAUACGGCGAGGGGAUCAGGGAGAUUAUGAGAUCGCCCUAUGGACAUAUCGUUUACGACUCGAAUCCUUAUUUGUACUUGCCCGUCGACUUUUGCGGAGGGCUCUUGGAUCAAGUAACGUCCUUAGUGCACAUGCCAAACGGCAAGGUUUACGACCCACUGAUAGGCCAGUGGAUGUCUCCUCUGUGGGAGAACGUUUUGGAUAGAGUGGACACUCCGACUCACCUGCAUCUGUACAGGUUCAACGGGAACGAUCCUAUCGAUGUUAGGCACACCGACCGACCGAAUCAACCAACCGCGCAAAGACACUCGGGAGACGCGGUCAGCUUGUCAGCGCCGCCUCGUUCAGCUCUGAAGAAGGACACGAGCGACCUGAUUCCCAGCCGCCUGGGUGCAGCGUCGGACCCGCCGUUCGGCAAGGGAAUCUUGGUCUCGAGGACUGCCGAUGGCCAGGCGGUGGUCUCCAGCGUGCCAACUGCCAACGCCAUCUACGGCGACGUGUUCACCUCGGUGUUCAAUCGCUCGUACUUUCUGCCGUUCACGUUCGUAGUGCACAGUGCGCAGCAGGACGCCUUCUAUUUUGUAAAGGAAGAAACUUGGCGCGCCAGCGAGGAUCGCGGCCAGUUGAAACGGUUAGGCGGCCAGGUGAACACGACUUUCCACGAGAGCGAGAACGGAAGUGGCAGCAGCUCGCUGAUCGACGUGAAGAUACACGGCGCCAGUUACAUAGUGAACCUGCGUUACGGCACCACCGCCGAGAAAGAGAAACAAAGACUGCUCCACCACGCCAAGGCGACCGCCAUUCGCAAGGCAUGGCACAGGGAACGCGAGGCGUUGAAGAGCAACACGCCGACGGCCAUCGAGUGGAUGGUGGCCGAGCAGGACGAGAUUCUCAAGUCCGGAUCCGCCUCCAAUUACGAGGGGGAGUACAUCCACGACGCGCAACUGUACCCAGAACUGGCGGAGGACCCGUACAACAUCCGGUUCGUGAAGAAGGCGGUCGACACCUCGAGCAAGAAACGCCGCAGAAGGAGAGGCGCGCCUACCUGCAAGCUCUGGUGGAUCGACAAAAUGUGCUAA